CGGCCGCAGCAGCCCGGGCCGGAUAUACGGGUUGGCUCUUCAUGUAAGAAUGCGGUGCUUUGCCUGAAGCCAGGCAUGUCACUUAGCUGCCAGGCUGCCUCACGCUCCGUUCUUGUGGCAAAGAUGACGGCACAUUUUUAUUUCUUAAUGACUGAGGAGAUGGCUGAUGAGGGGCUUUGGUGGUGGGUGUUGAAGCAAAGCAUACUCCUUCUUCAGGACGUAAAAAUUUUUGCUGAUCGGUGUAAUUUCACGUCUGCUUGCCGCAUGCCUGUCUUUCCUUCUUCCUCGUCUUUAGUUACACAUACUGAUUGUAUUCUAGUCUUAAAUUGGAUUAGUUAUUUACGAUGCAAAUGAUGUUGUAGUUAAUGAGGGUAAUGCAUAAACUGCUCGUGCUUCUUUUUUUCUUGUUUAGGAUGACAGGUGAUUUUUUUUUUUUCUUCUACUGGAUAGUACUGGGAUCUGUUUCUGUUCCUAAAUACUUUAAGGAUAUUUCUUCCAAAUGUUUUCUUUUAGGUACAUCUCAGUUCCAAAGUACUCAUUAAGGAGCAGGUCACCACUUGGAAUAGACAAGCUCACUAACUGAUGGAAUGAAAUUAGAAAGAGACCACUUAAUGUGACUCACAAAUGUUUCAUUAGGAUGGAACAAAUGGUGUUUGGUCUUCUCUGCACUGGACUGCGCAGGCAGGAUUCAAAAAGCACAGAAGCUCCAUGCUGAGGCAUAGACCAGAUUUGCUACUGGAAUAAAGCAACUGCAAUGGGAAGAAUAUGUUCACUUAGUCCCAGAAACAACUGAUUAUGCAAAGGACAAUGUACAGUGUGUGUCCUGAUGACAUUUUGUGUGAUGUAACAUGCUUAUUGCCAUGGCAUCUGAGACUGAAAAGGCCCAUGCUCUUCUCCAGACUUUCAGCACAGCUUCAGUUAUUUCUAGUCUAGGUUUGGGAGUAUUUUGCUUUGUAGCAGACAGAGUUCUGCAAUUUUCUUUCAUUCAGCAAAAUGACUGGCUCCGAGCCUUCUCUGAUAAUGCAGUGCACAGUAUACUAGGAAUGUGGUCCUGGGCAAUAGUGGUUGGACUCAGGAAGAAAAGUGACUUCACUGAGGUCACUCUGGCUGGCUUCCUCUCCUCUGUCAUUGAUGUGGACCACUUCGUUCUUGCUGGCUCCCUGUCAUUAAAGGCUGCUCUGACUCUUCCACGGAGACCAUUUCUUCACUGUUCUACUGUGAUUCCUGUUGUGGCUCUGACAUUAAAGUUUAUUAUGCACCUUUUCAGGCUUAAGGAUUCAUGGUGCUUUCUUCCCUGGAUGUUGUUCAUAUCCUGGACUUCUCAUCACAUCCGUGACGGGAUUCGUCAUGGCCUCUGGAUCUGCCCAUUUGGAAAAACUCCUCCUUUGCCAUAUUGGCUCUAUGUGGCAAUAACAGCAUCUUUACCUCAUCUAUGUUCAUUUAUUAUGUAUUUAACAGGCACUAGAGAAUUAAUGUCUAUAAAACAUGGAAUCCGCAUUGAUGUUUAAGAAUGAAGUUUCUUAAAGGCUGUUAAGGCUUGAAUAUUUAAGGACUGUGUGAAGGCAAACUUACUUAUUACAGUAAACAGAAGCUUUAGGGAAAAUUUGGGAAGAUUCAGGAAGAUUCAGAUAUGAGAAAAUUAAAAUUGCUCAAAAUGUGAGUUUGCUUACAGACCUUACUGCUGUCCUCAUAAACAACAUUUUCCAUUAAGUGCAAUGUCAUCCAUAAAAUU